AUGGGCGCAUUUCUCGCACAACCAACAUCACAUUCCCAUACUCCACAAUCCGAUCGUGUUCCAGCUAUCCAAUUAAAAAAUGAUAUGAAAGUUUGUGCUGUGAUAACAGAUGAACCAACCAGCUCAAUUCUUCAUUCGGCCUUACGUACAUAUCCACUAAGUGCCGCUGGUGAACUUCCAAGCAAUGAAGCACUUAUGCUAAUGAUUCGAAGACAAUGUACUGUUGAAACAGUCGACGUCGAUGGUCGUUUACCAGAAAAAUUAAGAAAAACCUAUUGUUAUGAAGAUUUCAUCUUGCACGAAGACAAGAAUUUAAUUAUAUUUACAACAAAAACUAAUUUAUCUAUUCUCAAGCAAAACAAACAUUGGUUCGCUGAUGGAACAUUCAAAGUGUGUUCCAACGAUUAUUAUCAACUCUUCACAUUACAUGCGAUGAUGACCAAUGCUAUUAUUCCUCUCGUCUAUGCGUUAUUAAUUGAUCAAGUUAUAACUGGCUUCGACUUAAUUUGUGAUCAAUUCGACGAUGACGCCGACGAUUUACUCGAUUAUUUUGAAAAAACAUGGAUUGAAACUGGUCGAAAGAAGCCCCAAUUCGAUUAUAAAUUAUGGAAUGUUUAUGAUGGUGUCAUCGCUACGGCACCGCGAUCCAAUAAUUCGGUAGAAGGCUGGCACAAUGCAUUCGCUAAUCGUGUCGCAAUAAGACUUUUUUCAAUUGGUGAUCCAUUACUUGAAAUAAAUAAUAUUCAUAUGCAAUCCAAAUAUCGUACACUUGAUGAAAUUUUUCAAUUAAUUGAUUCACUCCAUGGAUCCAUUUCAUUUCUUCUUUUACCAACUUCAGAUGAAACAAAUCAUGAAAUGAAUAAUUGA